AUGUCGCUACCCGUGCACACCGUGGCAAUCGACUACGCUGAAGAGAAAACACUGAUCAAAACCUUUCUGACCACCUUCAAAUGUCAGGACAAAGACAUAACGAGCGGAUUUGCCGACAUCGACAUUGACGACGAACUGGAUGCUUCGACGUCAGAGACAAGGGAUAUCAAGUACAUUAAUCAAAUGCAACGGAUUGCGAACCGUGACCAACAAAAGCUAGUCAUUGACCUGGAAGAUCUUCAUACACAUGAUCCAGAACUGGUUCAGCGCAUCCAGGGCAACACGCGGCGAUACGUCAGCCUGUUCAGCGAGGUUGUCGACCAAAUCAUGCCUCUCCCUACAAAAGAUAUCAGCGACUAUGAUGAAGUUAUUGAUGUCAUUCUACACCAAAGAAGAGAGCGAAAUGCCCAGAUGGAAGGAGGACAGGACGGUUUCCCAGAGCACUUGUUGCGACGAUAUAAUCUUUACUUACAACCUCUUCGGGGUGACGUUGCUAUCGCUGUUCGUGAAGUCCGAGGCUCCCAGCUGGGUCGGCUCAUCACCGUUCGUGGAAUAGUCACCCGCGUGUCCGAAGUCAAGCCCCUCCUUCAAGUGAACGCGUAUACCUGCGAUGUCUGUGGGUCAGAAACAUUCCAGGACAUCUCCAAUAAGACAUUUCAGCCUAUCGCAGACUGUGAAAACGUCAACGAGUGCAAGAAAAACGGCAUCAAAGGCUCGCUUCAUAUGCAGACGCGUGCAUGUCGCUUCAGCCCCUUCCAAGAAGUCAAAAUACAAGAAAUGGCUGAUCAAGUUCCCGUCGGACAUAUCCCUAGGUCUAUGACCGUCCAUGUUCAUGGCGAUUUGACGCGGAUGAUGAACCCUGGCGACGUUGUCCACCUUGGUGGAAUUUUCCUCCCUAUUCCAUACACUGGCUUUCAGGCCAUACGUGCAGGUCUCCUUACUGACACUUACCUCGAGGUGCACCAUAUUCACCAACUCAAGAAACAGUAUCACGAUAUGGAGACGACGCCUGAAAUCCAGGCCGAAAUCCACGAGUUGACCAGGGAUCCAGCACUGUAUAGUCGGCUAGCGACGAGUAUCGCACCAGAAAUCUACGGUCAUGAAGAUGUGAAGAAGGCACUUUUACUUCUCCUGGUGGGAGGCAGUACGAAAGAGACCCAGGAUGGCCUGAAGAUCAGAGGAGAUCUCAACAUCUGUUUGAUGGGAGAUCCUGGUGUUGCCAAAUCGCAGCUGCUGAAGUUCAUUUCCAAGAUUGCUCCUAGAGGUGUAUAUACCACUGGUAAAGGUUCUUCAGGUGUGGGUUUGACCGCAGCCGUUAUGCGAGAUCCCGUCACGGAUGAGAUGGUUUUGGAGGGCGGUGCACUGGUCCUUGCUGAUAAUGGCAUAUGCUGUAUCGAUGAAUUCGAUAAGAUGGAGGAAGCGGACCGGACGGCCAUCCACGAAGUCAUGGAACAACAAACGAUUUCGAUCUCAAAAGCUGGAAUAUCGACGACCCUAAACGCACGGACAUCAAUCCUGGCUGCUGCCAAUCCUCUAUAUGGGCGGUACAAUCCUAAAGUAUCCCCAGUCGAAAACAUCAAUCUUCCUGCGGCGCUGCUAUCUCGUUUCGACCUUCUCUUCCUCAUCCUUGACAAGCCGUCUCGAGAUGAAGAUGAACGACUAGCUCAGCACGUAACCUAUGUGCAUAUGUAUAACAAACAUCCCGAACUAGACCAUGAACCAGUGGAUCCUAAUAUUAUGAGACAUUAUAUUGCCCAAGCCCGGACAAUCCGACCCACUGUAUCAGCCCAGGUGUCCAAACAUGUCGUGGAUUCAUACGUCCGUCUGCGAAAAAUGACCAAAGACGACGAAGCACAAAACAAGUCGCAUACUUACACGUCCGCCCGCACUCUCCUCGGUAUCCUGCGUCUCUCACAAGCUCUUGCCCGUCUGAGGACAUCACCCAUCGUUGACUACUCUGACGUCGACGAAGCGCUGCGGUUGAUGGAAUGCAGCAAGGAGAGUCUCUAUGAAGAUGAUGACCAGGAGCGGGAACCAGACAAGUCGGCUGUCAGUCAGAUAUACCGACUCAUCAAGAAUAUGAAGGACAACAUAGAUGACGAUGAGCACACACCGGCUAAGAAGCGGAGGUCAACGAAGAGGAUAGGGAGAGGCCCUGAUGGUGAGCGGGAUAUGGAUGUCGAUGAAUCCGAGUCCGGUCCGGUAUUGUCAAUGGUAGAUGUGCGUGCCCGUGUGACGACUGCUGGAUAUACGGAAGCGCAGCUAGUGGAAACGAUAGAUAAGUACGAGGAGCUUGGUGUCUUGGUGAGGGUAUCGAACGGUACAAAACUCAUGAUCAUGGCAUGA